CUACAGCAUUGUCGGCAACCUGUUCAAACCUGGGAAAGCUGAAAAGGGUGGUAAAGAAUUUAGAAAUCAUUUCAGCGGGUGUAUGGGAUUUUUUAUAGAAAUAUUUUAUAUACAACCAUAGGUCAAAUCCUGAAAAAAGGAAAGAUCCAAGCGUAAAUCUCCACCACAAGGCGUCGAUUUGACAGUCCAAGACGUGAGAAAUGGCCACCAUGGUGAGACUGCUAUCACAGGUGGAUGGUAUUAUUGAGGACACGUAUCGACGGAAAAAUGAAGCAGAAGAAAAUCGGGAGCUGGAAUAUAAAUCCAUUGUGAGAAUACAGGCUUGGUAUAGAGCUACUGUUACAAGGGCUUAUCUGAAACAUUUGUUCAGGUUAGCCACAACAAUACAAAGAACAUGGAGAGGGUUUCUGGGCAGAAGAUACUUUAGAGGCUUGGUAAAGGACAGAGUUUUCCAGAUGAAGUUGAACCAUUACAAUGCCAUGGCCACAAAGGUUCAAAAAUAUUGGAGAGGAUUUUAUACCAGAAAGUAUGUAUUUAACUAUUAUAGCAGGAAGCGUUACCUGGAAGCACUUCAGCUCAAAAAUCAACAAGUCAGAUCUGACCUACAGGAGUUUGCUGAGCAGCAGCAGGCUAUUGAGAGGAGACAGAAGGAGAUAGCGGAGAGACAGCAGAGAGAGCACCUGGCCAGGAAGACGCACCAUCUCGUCAGUACGAUAGCCAUGCCUGGUAUCUACAACUCCCCCUUCAGACCUUACCCCAUGGAUAUGGAGUAUUUGUUACAGAGUGUGAAGCCACUACCUGUGGAGAAGAAGUCAUCCCCAGAGCAUUCGUAUGACCCGUCCUGGAAGGGUUACAAUUUGCCACGUCCACAACAGCUGCCACCAUUACCACAGAAACCACAGGGUCCAUUCCGUGAGCCAGCUGAUGUACAGAAGCAGAGAUACAAGCCAUUCCAGCAAAGCCUCAGGGUGGAGACGUCCUUCACAUCCCUGGAGCAGGCCAGACAAGCCCUCAAAAAUAAGGAGUGGGUGGACAGGGUGAAUGAUGACAUAUUUAUGCCCUUUAGCAAGGGGACUGAUCAGUAUCAACCUCUGCUACACUCGUCCUCCAUGUAUGGACAUAUACCUUAUGGAACAAAGUACUUCAGGGAAGAACAUAUUGACAAGUUUGUUGUGAAGCAGAAUUUCAAAUCAUUGGUUCCUCCCAUUCCAAUAUUUGAGAAGUUGAAUGACACGUAUUCUCGGGGACAAGUCUAAACGAUGGAAAGUCUUAUGUAACAUAUGUACAUUGAAACUAACAACAUGUGCUGAUUCUUUGAAUGACGUCAAACAAGUUCAUACAAAUGCUCUAGUCGUGGGGACAUGAAAUUACCUGGAUGAAGGAGUCAGUGCACCUUAGUUGUUCCUUGGAGUUCUCGUGACAUUGAAUCGUAAUAUAAGCUAUUAAAACGUAAUUUUUGUGUUU